AUGUUGGUCCACAACGCUGCCUUGGCUGACGAGAUACAUGCCCUCAACGCCAUCUACGGUGAAGGCCUCAUAGUUGCGACCUUUUCCGACGCCCACCACACCACGGUGUCCAUCAAACUUCCUCCAUUUAGCUAUUCGUUCCUGCUCCGUGUCCUCGGUGACUAUCCUCGCUCACCUCCGCAUGUUCUGGGAGUCGACAACCUCGUGGAGAGCACAAAGCAAGAAGUCCAGCAGAAUGCCGUCUAUUUGGGAGCCUGUGUCCGGGCAGUCCAUCACCCUGAAAAUGUCUGUCUCUAUGACGCCAUCGAGGAAUUCAAGGUCGUGCAUAAAGCCCUGCAAGCGCAUAUCCGCCAACUCGAAGAUGCAGAUGAGGCCUCCCAGCUCAAAAAUGCCAGGAGAAGCGCCAUUCUGAGAGACUUGGCCAUUCGAGCUAGGGCAAAAAGGGUGGAUCUAGGAAACCAGGAAAAUGGCGCCGAGCAUUCACCGUUCGAUAUAGUCGACUGUGCUGUGUGCAUGGAACCGUUCUUCAGAGUCGACGUGAGCGUGCCUCUCAAGGUGAUUCGCGAGCACGGUGGCAUGGACGCAGACUUCCUUGACGUUUUCGUUCAGUGGCUGCAAGAGCUUCACACGGCAAACCCCACGUAUUGUCCAUGGGAGGACUGCCUCGCCUACAUUCCAGGAAUUCUUGUCCAGGAAGACUACGCCAAGUGCCCUUUUUGUAAGAGAAGGAUGUGUAUGGGCUGCAGGGCGAAAGAACACGGUGGGCUCUGCAAGCGCGACAAGAAGCUGAAAGCGCUCAUCGCCAAAGAGAAGUGGAAAUUCUGUCCGGCCUGUGGACAUCUCGUGGAAAGGCGAGAAGGCUGCAACCAUAUGACGUGCGUUUGCUCGGCCGAAUUCUGCUACCGGUGUGGGAAGAUUUGGGUGAGCAACAGGCCGAUCUGCGACUGUGGCCUGUUUCUACCACUCGAUUGA